AUGAAAGAGGUAUCCACCGAUCAGGCUAAUAAGCAAGCUAACAAAAAGUACGUUUAUGGCUAUGAUUUAUACAGCGAGUCAGUACGCAAGUACUCUCCUGUAAAUGAUCUCAGAACUGCAAAAAAUGCAAUAGUCAAUAAUAUACACGACUAUUUACUUCAUCUGGACGAAUUUGAGGCAAACAUUGGACACAAAAGGAAGUUGAUAUUAAUAUGCGUAUCUAUUUUUGUGUCUGUUGGGAUCACAUGUUCAUUAAUGUUUGGGAGAGAGUUUUUUGAGUCAUACCCCCGGACAAAAUACGCAUUGAUGGGAAUUUCUGGUCUUUUUUGUUUAUUUGCCUGUUUUUAUGGAUCCUUACAUGAUUCAGAUCGUAUAGUGUUUACGGUUGCAGGACCUUCCAUUCAUAGGAAUGACACACGACGGAAGGAUUAUCUUCAUGCGUUGAGAGGGCGCCGAGUCUGUGUUCGUGUCAAUGAAGUUCCUGACUCAGCAACGAUAAAUAUUGAGACUCAAUUGGUGGGACCUUUUCGUCUAUUUGCUCCUUCAUCAGUUUAUUAUUCGGUUUCCAGAGGGGUUCCAUAUGGGAGGUAUUUUAGUAAGGAUGGAUUCUUUUAUCCACCACCUAUGGUGGAGGAUAUAGACACGCUUUUGCGGUCGUUAAAUUCUGCCUUGCUAAAAAAACGACAGUGA